GCGGCUCAGAAAAAGCCGAGUGGGUGUCAAUAUAAAGUGACGGCGCCAUAUUUGCCGGUGCCGCUGUUGUAAACAAAAAGUGAGAGACAGACGCUUCACUGAAUUUCGGGUCAUUUUUAUUUCUCUAAUUUACAAUGUCUUUGGGAAUGUCUUAUAAACCCAAUGUCCAUCAGCACAUUCCGGGAACUUCAGGGAACCAGGUUGGGAAUCUCCAGUCUCCCUCAGCAGCUAACCUGGCCACGUUGCAGUCCUACAGGCCCCUUCUGAGUGAUUAUGGGCCCCCGUCUCUGGGAUUCUCACAGGGUUCUACUGGAAGCCAAGUUCCUCAGAACAAAUAUGCAGAGCUGCUGGCCAUCAUCGAGGAGCUUGGAAAGGAGAUCAGGCCAACAUAUGCUGGAAGUAAGAGUGCAAUGGAGAGACUGAAAAGAGGAAUAAUUCAUGCCAGGGGGCUGGUGCGUGAAUGCUUGGCUGAGACGGAGAGGAAUGCAAGGUCCUAGCUAUGAAGAUACUUUCCUCCCUGCAAGAAGAAUGAAGUGUGUCUUAUGUAUAUAAAAAAAAAAAAAACUAGUAAUAAUAAUUUGCAUGGCAUUUCCUCUAAGAUGAGGAAGUAAAUGAGCUAAUGGAAGGGAGGGCAAACGUUUGAAAGUAAUACAGUGACACAAUUCAUGACUCCUGAGGAUUCUGGAGGAUAAUUUUAAUCAUAUGUGGAUUAAACAAGAGUAAUGUGUUUUAUGACCCAUUUUGGGAUCUUUGUUUUGACUUCAUAUUUAAAACAAAACAAACAUUGGUUUAUGCAUGCGAAAAGGCCCAUGGGUUAAUUGCACACACUGCAUGGCUUACACAGGGGGAAUAUGAGAACACUUUUGAUAGAAUUUGGUCCGUUUUUCACACCCCAACGACACACGUGACUGACUGAUGGGCAGAUUAAUGUUGAGGUUGGCUUUGGUAUAAAAAGGAAAAUGCUGUUACAUCUUUGUAUGUAUUUAUUACUCUGUGUAAUAAAUUGUAUUUUCAA